UCUGCAAAACCAACGUUGUUUUUUUUUUCCUUCUUUCUUUUGGAGUUUUGUCUGUGUUCAGCUGAUGUAUGACGGAGCUUAGGAAGUUAAAACUGGACUGACUUGUACUCGUUCUGAAGCUAUUUAUUAUUUUAUUUGUCUCAAGGGAAUCCAGACAGAAAACAAAAUGACGGGUCUCUGUCCAACACGAAUGUUGGCAGUUGUGAGUGUUGUGGUGCUCGCGGCUCCGCACGCCACCGGUAAGACUCUGAAGUAUCAGAUUUACGAGGAGCAAAAGAUUGGCACGGUCAUUGCACGUUUAAAAGACGAUGUCGCGGAUGUCUUGGCCAAACUUCCCAGCUCAGUGUCCCUCCGCUUCAGAGCCAUGCAACGGGGGAACUCGAAUCUUCUUGCUGUGCGCGAGCAGGACGGAGAAAUCAGCGUCAGGACCAAAAUCGACCGCGAGAAACUCUGUGAGAAGAAUCUGAACUGCUUCAUUCAGUUCGACGUGCUGACUCUCCCCACGGAGCAUCUCCAGCUGUUUCACGUCGAAGUGGAAGUGCUGGACAUCAACGACAACGCGCCCCAGUUCGCACGCGCCGUCAUCCCCAUCGAGAUCUCCGAGAGCGCGGCGGUGGGAGCGCGCAUUCCCCUGGACAGCGCCACAGACCCCGAUGUCGGUGAGAACUCGCUGUACACGUACGCACUAGAGCCCAGCAACUUCUUCAAAAUCGACAUUCAGUCCAGAAGUGACGGGGUUAAAUACGCGGAGCUGGUGGUGCUCAGGGAGCUGGAUCGGGAGGUGCGCUCCAGUUACGAACUUCAGUACACAGCCUCCGACAGGGGCGUUCCCCCGAGAACAGGUUCGACCCUCCUCAAAAUCAAUGUGGCAGACUCAAACGACAACAGCCCUGUCUUUGACAAGUCCUCAUAUGUGAUCAACCUGCCUGAAAACUCACCUGUUGGCACUCUGCUCAUUGACCUGAACGCCACAGACGCGGAUGAAGGCGCAAACGCCAAAAUCGUCUAUUCCUUCAGCAGCCACGUUUCUCCCAAAAUCAUGGAGACCUUCAAAAUUAAUCCUGACAGCGGUCACCUGACCCUUGUCAGGCGAGUGGACUAUGAGACACUGAACUCUUAUGACAUUGAUGUGCAGGCUCAGGACAUGGGUCCAAACUCCAUGCCUGCUCACUGCAAGAUCUUGGUCAAAGUGGUCGAUGUGAAUGACAACAAGCCAGACAUCAACAUCGAUCUCAUGUCCACCCAGGGGAAUGGAGAUGCAGCUUAUAUAUCCGAGUCAUCUCCACUUGACACGUUUGUAGCGUUUGUGAGGGUGGAGGAUUUGGACUCGGGACUGAAUGGAGAAGUAGAAUGUAAACUUCACGGUCAGGGGUAUUUUAAACUUCAGAAGAAAUACGAGAACAACUACAUGAUUUUGACCAACGUGUCUUUGGACAGAGAGAAAAGAUCAGAGUUCAGCCUGACUGUGGUGGCAGAGGACCGGGGAGCUCCCAGUCUCUCCACUGUUAAACAUUUUACUGUGCACGUCACGGAUGAAAAUGACAACCCACCACGUUUUGAGAAGGGACGAUAUGAGAUCUUCAAAUCAGAGAACAACGCCCCAGGAGCAUAUUUGACGUCCAUCAUGGCCACUGAUCCUGAUCUGGAUGCUAAUGGACAGGUGAGCUACUCCAUCUUGGAGAACUCCAUCCAUGGAAGUUCCAUCUCCACGUAUGUGACCAUUGACCUCUCUAAUGGUGCCAUCUAUGCUCUGCGCACAUUUGACCGUGAAGAUGUGAGUCAGAUCUCGUUUGUUGUACAAGCCAAAGAUGCAGGAGAACCUGCUUUGACUAGCAAUGCUACAGUUAUUCUGACUGUUCUGGAUGAAAAUGACAACCCGCCAGUCAUCGUGGUGCCCCAGUUGUGGAAUUUUACAGCAGAUGUUCCUGCAUCAAAGUUCACAGAGGCUGGACAGAUAGUAACAGUUGUCAGAGCAAGUGACCGGGACACAGGGGUCAAUGCUGAGCUCGUAUGCUCCAUCGUCAGUGGCAACGAGGAAGGAUUCUUCCUUAUUGACCCAAGAACUUGUGAGAUCCAUGCCAACGCUAGUCUGGAGAACUUCCCCCGUGAUCACGUUGAGCUCACUGUGGUGGUCAGAGAUCAGGGAAGUGAAAGCCUGAGUGCCAAGGCCGUCCUGAAAAUCACCCUUUCUGAAAACAUGGAGAACCACGUGCAGCUAAUGGACCAGGGCGAGUCUUCUCUAGACGUGUCCCUGAUUAUCAUCAUCUCCCUGGGUGUCAUCUGUGCCGUGCUCCUGGUCAUCAUGGUGGUGUUUGCCACUCAUUGUAAGCGGGAGAAAAAGGACAACAGGCACUCGUACAACUGCCGGGUGGCUGAAUCCACCCACCAGCAUCACCCCAAGAAGCCUUCACGGCAAAUCCACAAAGGCGACAUCACGCUGGUUCCCACAGUGAAUGGUACCCUCCCUAUCAGAGCUCACCACCGAUCGCCCUCAGCCACGCCUCCAAUGGAUCGAGCCCAGAUCGGGAGCAGGCAGAACCAACACAGCCGCCAAUCCUUGAACAGCCUCGUGACCAUCUCCUCCAAUCACAUCCCAGAGAGCUUUGCCCUGGAACUGGCACAUGCAACUCCACCUGUGGAGGGCCAGUACCAGCCCAGACCCAGUUUCCGUGGCAACAAAUACUCCCGCAGCUACAGGUAUGCAUUGCAGGACAUGGACAAGUUCAGCCUGAAGGACAGUGGUCGUGGGGACAGUGAGGCAGGAGACAGUGAUUGUGAAAUGGGACGGGAAUCCCCUGUGGACAGGCUGCUGCUGGGGGAGGGCUUUUCUGACCUGAUGCACCUCGAAAUGCAUCAUCGACUCCACCCAGCUAUGAGACUGUGCACAGAGGAAUGUCGCAUCUUGGGACACUCUGACCAGUGCUGGAUGCCUCCGAUCCCCUCCCCCACUUCCUCCGCUGACUACCGCAACAACAUGUACAUCCCUGGGGAGGAGUCCUCGCAGCCACCUCAGCUCGAAGAUGACCAGUCCUCAGUGGACUCAGAGCAGCGUAAGAGCUUUUCUACUUUUGGCAAAGAGUCAGGAAAUGAAGAGCUGGGUGCUGGAGAUGGAGGCGAUGUGUGUGCCGCUGGGGGUGGGGCCGGUUCCCUUCUCACAGAGAUGAAUUCUGUGUUCCAGCGUCUCCUGCCCCCUAACAUGGACUCCUACACUGAGUGCACUGACACAAGCCCACCAUCAUCUUCAUCAGCUACUGAGAGAGGAAGCAGUCGUGGUGGUAAUGUUGCUGGUAACCAUAGUAACAACGCCAUUCCUCAGGACAGCCGGCGAGGUUUGUUGCCAGGUGGUAAAGGUCCUGCUUACCCCCCAGGUGUUGCUGCCUGGGCUGCCAGUACCCAUUAUCUAAAUCCAGCAAGUGGGUCUGUGGGGACCAACCAUGUUUCCUCCUCCUCUACGCCCUCAUCAUCGACCUCCACACCCAACUCCACCAAUGGACAGCCACCUCACCUGAAAUGGCUCCCAGCCAUGGAAGAAAUCCCAGAAAAUUACGAGGAAGACGAUUUCGAUGGUGUCUUCCAUCAGGGUCACCAGAGUGGGAAACGCAGCGAGAGUCGCCAUGAGCCCGGCAUAGACACGAGUGAACUCGCUCAUGAGAUCAACAAACUGCUGCAGGACGUCAGACAGAACUAGGAUGGGACGUAAAGUGUGUUCACUUCUGUGGAGGAACUUUUCAACACAUUCUGGUGCAUUCUUGUUGUUUGUGCCAACCUAAAACUGUAUCUUGAUGGGGUCUUUUUUAUACUGUAAAGCUUGUCUUGUUUAUUUGACCAAAUUUCCUGUUUGCCACUCAGUGCUGAGGGACUCACAGAGACAAGAUAAAAAAAAAAAUGCAGCACUGAAAAUGUGACGCUACUUAAAGGCAUCAAAGCAGGAGCUCGAAGAGCAGAUUGUGUAGCUGUUAUUACAGUCUGAGUGUUUUCAAACUGAAAAUCCAUCAACAAAAAGAUGUAUCAUUUUCUUCAUUUGUAAUGUUUACAAUGGCGUGAACAGACUUGGAGAAAAAACAACCGAGGUGUGAUCUGAUGUAAGUAUACAAUAUUGUACAGCGUCUGUGGAAAAAGACAAACUCACUUGAAUAUCGUGCCAUGUCUCAUGUUUUGUUAUUAUGGAAUGUAACUGUAAAAUUUGACCUUUAU